CAUUUCCCAUCGGCCAAACAGACAUCCUAAAACCCUAACUUUCCCCCUACCCAUUCCUUCUUGCCUCUUUUCCAUGGAACCACUAUUGUUAGCUUCUCUUUUAACCCUACUUGCCUUAUGAACGAACUCUUUCUGAAAUGUUGUCCGACCAGCAGAGAAGUUGGUUGCGUUUACUACUCAGUAUGAUAUUCCUCCUUGUUACAUAAACUCUCUCAAGAGAUAUAUUUGUUUGGUUUGAAUGUAUGUAUUUGUGCCCAUAAUUUUUUUUUUUGAGGUUUUGUUUGGUUUCCAAGAAAAUAUUGGAAAAGAUAUAACAAUGAUUUGAGCUUCUCAGUUUACUUGGUUUGAAUUUGAAUAAAUUAUGUCCUUUUUUUUUUUUUGUGUCUAGAGUAUGUAAAAUAGACGGAAGAGCAAUUAUAUUUAUAUAUAUACACACACAAGUAAACAACACUACAAGAAUAUUAGCUUCCCAAAUUGAUGUGUUUACAACCUAAGAAGGAGUGAAAGAAAAACACUGAAUAAAAAAGUUAUUUUCGUCAUUAAUCUCCUGCCCUCUCUUUAUGUUUUCAGUUCUAAAGAUAUUUUUUUAUUUUUAAUAAAUAAAGCCAAAUUCUUGAUCUCUUUCUUGUCUUGUCCUAUGCAUAUCUCUAGUUCAGCACGUGAAAAUGUCUUACCAACUCUCUUUCAUAUUGUGACUUUCCAUUUCUUUAGCUUCUUCAUACUCAAGUGCUCUGCUGCUAUCUAUCGUCCUUUUGGCAAAACUGUCACAUUUAUCUAUUCUUCCAACACGUUUUCCCGUAUUCACUAUUUUUUUGCUACGUACGGUCUCCAAACUCAAUCCCUGCUUCGGUCUCCUCCAUCCCUCAAAUCUCAUCUCUCUCUCUCGUCUUUCUCUAUCUCUUUGUCAAUCUGUUUCCAGCCGUUGGGCUUCUCGAAUUCGCUCUUCUCUUCGGUCUUGGCAAGCCAAAUUGUUGGGGUUUUUUCAAUUCGAGGCCUCACUCCCUCCACCUUGGUCUCGAUCUCGGCUCAGUCUCUCAAUCUCAUCCACCACACGGCAUCGUUUCCCACCUCCCUUCCUCACUUAGUCACUGACCAGUUCACGACUUGGGUUACCUCAGCUACAUUAGCUUUCACCAGGUGCACACACCAAGCUAUUCCUUUUUCUUUUAUUAUGAAAGAAACACCUUCACCACAGAGGAAUGUACCCAAUGGGCUCUUCCAUAUCAAAUAUUUCUUUAUCCCAAAAUAGUUAGAUAAUCAGAAUCCAGUCUCGAUACUCAUCCAUCUUUGCCUUCGAAUGAGCACCAUAUAAGUUUUAAAUAUUACUAUUUGAUUAGAACCCUAUUUUACUCUUAAAUAUAUAUAUAUAUAUAUUAAGAGAAAAUAUAAACAAGGAAAAAUUAUGUAUA